AUGAAGUUUGGGAAGGAGCUUGCCGCUCAAAUGGUGCCUGAAUGGCAGGCAGCUUACAUGGAUUACAGUUCACUAAAGAACUUUUUGAAAGAAAUCCAUGCUUUGAAACAAAAGAGCAGGCAAGCAGAUGCCCCAACUAGCCUUCAGCAAGCCUUAACGCUUUAUAGAGGCUUCAGUGGUUUGAUUCAGAGACAAAAUCAACGUGCAACUUCUUUCGAUGAUCAUGACAUCGAGAACCAAGCCAUUCUUGUAGAUUCUAUGCAAGGAAAUGGCUCUGGAAAGUAUGUGACCACUUUUCUUAUGGCUGCAGAAGAAGGAGCUGAAUAUGAGCACGAGUUCUUCAGGAUGCUUGAUAGUGAGUUGAGCAAAGUCGACAAGUUUUACAGGUCUAAGGUGAAGGAAGUGGUGGCUGAAGCUGAAAUACUGACCAAACAAAUGGAUGCUUUUAUUGCUUUUCGGAUAAAAGCAGAGAAAGUAGAAAAGAAAUUUGACGUUUCAAGUGACAAAAUGAUUCCCACCAACGCAGUACAAGGCGGACGUGCAGGAUCAAAUAAGCAUAAUGAUGCUAAACAAUCCAAUGAUAGCUUGCAAGAGAUUGAUCACGAAGACAACCCCAAGAAUCCUGCAGCCUGCAUUAGACUUGCUUCACAAGAAGUAUUAAAUCGUGUGAGGUUGAAUCGAGAUAUUCAAGUUCCUUUCCCAGCUGCUAAAGUAAACUGUGUUAGCAUGAACAAACAGACACAAAUGAAUUUUACCAAGGGCAAUCUAACGAAAAUCCAAAAGCAACUGAAGCAGGCCUUUAUUGAAUAUUAUUACAAGCUUCGGCUUCUCAAGAACUAUAGCUUCUUGAACGUACUAGCAUUUUCUAAAAUCAUGAAGAAAUAUGAUAAGAUCACAUCAAGAAGAGCAGCAAAACAUUAUAUGAGAACAGUGGAUGAUUCUUAUAUAGGCAGCGCUGAUGAAGUAACUAAGCUAAUGGAGAGGGUUGAAGCCACAUUCAUCAAACAUUUCUCAAAUUCAAACCGCAGUAAAGGCAUGAACAACUUAAGACCAAAAUCAAAGAAAGAAAGACAUAUUAUAUCAUUUUGCACAGGUUUUUUUGUUGGUUGCACAGCGGCUCUGACACUAGCCCUGAUUUUGAUUAUACAUGCACGUGAUAUCCUCAAUAAGGAAGGAAGAGCUCAGUACAUGGAAAGCAUGUUUCCCUUAUAUAGUUUGUUUGGAUUCGUCGUUCUACAUAUGCUUGUAUAUACCGGAAAUUUAUAUUUGUGGAGGCGAUGCAGAAUUAAUUAUACCUUCAUAUUUGGCUUCAAGCAAGGAACAGGGCUGGGAUUUCGAGAAGUUCUUCUCUUUAGUUUUGGCCUUGCAACACUAGCACUGACCAGCGUGAUAUCAAACCUGGACAUGGAAAUGGACCCUAAAACAGGAGAUUAUAAAGCAUUGACUGAACUACUUCCUUUAGCUUUGGUUAUGCUUGUGAUGAUCCUUUUACUCUGUCCAUUCAACAUCCUUUAUCGCUCAAGCCGCUUCUUUUUGCUCACAACUUUGUUUCACUGUAUCUGUGCCCCUCUCUACAAGGUCAGAUUUCAAGAUUUCUUCUUGGCAGAUCAGUUAACUAGUGAGGUACAAGCAUUCAGGAGUCUGGAAUACUACAUAUGCCAUUACGGUUGGGGAGACUACAAACUCAGACAAAACACUUGCAAAUCAAAUGAUGUAUUCAACACUUUCUAUUUCAUCAUUGCUGCGAUUCCCUACUGGUCUCGUCUCCUUCAGUGCGUCCGAAGGUUCUAUGAUGAGAAAGAUCCGAUGCAAGGAUACAACGGAUUGAAGUACUUCUUGACAAUUGUUGCCGUUUGCACAAGGACCGCUUAUGGCCUUGACAGGGGAGACAGCUGGAAAACAUUAGCCUGGACAUUUUCAGCAAUGGCAGCUAUCUUUGGUACUUAUUGGGACCUUGUUAUCGACUGGGGGCUUCUACAAAGGAAGUCCAGGAACCGCUGGUUGAGGAACAAACUUCUAGUCCCUUACAAAAGUGUAUAUUUCGCAGCAAUGGUCUUGAAUGUGUUGCUGAGAUUUGCCUGGCUACAAACUGUGUUGAAUUUCCAUUUGUCCUUGCACAGAGAAACAUUAACUGCUAUUGUUGCCAGUCUAGAGAUUAUUCGUCGGGGCAUAUGGAAUUUCUUCAGAUUGGAGAAUGAACAUUUGAACAAUGUUGGCAAAUUUCGUGCAUUCAAAUCAGUGCCACUACCUUUCAACUACGAUGAGGAUGAAGAUCGGAGUGAUUAG